AUGAGUGAGAGAGCUGCGGGGAUUGAAUGUAAGGGACCUGGCAAACAAAGGCGAAUGAACACUCUUUCUCUCGCGCAACAGACGACGCAACGCGUGUUCGCGACCAUCGACGACCCCGAAAAAGAAAUGCCGCAUACCUCCAUGCCCAUCGAAGAAAGCAAAGGCCGCUCUCACUCGUGGUUAGACAAGCAAAAUUUGUCGAAAAAUUGUGGAGCUCGACGCUUCUCGACUCCGCGCGGCUGCGAGGAUGCUUUUCGGGUCUAUGGUCCGGUGGAGAGAACCGAUUUCUUGGGCUUGGGGCAUAAGGGCUCUGCCUGGCACGACAAGGCAAAGGCGGUGCUGUAG